ACGUCUGCGUAUAUAUAUGAACAUAAAGUUCCAUCUCCAACAAAGCUGGCGAUAACUAAGAGCUUCCGAAUUCCCACCAAUACCGCGUUUGGUAUGAAUGAAUCCGAUACGAAUAAACAAACAUACGAAGAAACAAAAAACGUGUAUCCGUGUCAUCAACUCCACGCCCAAAAAGUAAAAAAGCGCCGCCAACAGCUCCGUCCCCUUUCCGCGCCCACACUGGUGGCGCACGAAGCGCCUACGUGGCCCGAUCGAGGUCGUCGGCUCAGCCUGGCCCAACCACCGCCGGUGGUUUCCCUCCGUCCGCGUCCUCUGAGAUCACCUCACCUCGCUGACUCAGAUCCUCCUCUGGAGUCAAAUCCUCAUCAGCCUCGACGCAUCACCGGCGAUUCGCUAGCUAAUUAUUUCCGUCCAGAAAAACAACGCGGCCCGCUCCCAAUGAUCACUCCGUCCCGUUGUUGCCGUGUAGCUGUGCACGCACUGUGCUACAUGUCGUCGUCGAUCGGCUACCUUUGUCCACGACACUACUAUAUAGCUGUCGCUGAGCUCUCGAGUCGAGGCUUGUUCCCAUUCUUCUUCCACAUCGCUACGGCUACGAGAUCCAUCUGCUCCGUUUCUUGGGUUGCUCCGUGCUUCGGCCGGUGCUUGGCUACGCGUCCCGUUGCCUGCCCUUGUUGACCGGGCCGGAGAGCUCGGAGGCUUCACGAGGGGAGUAGCUAGCUGGAGUUUGGAAGCGAUCAAUGGCGAUCUGCGCGGGCUUCGAUUCCUACCGGGCGUCGCCGGCGGACAUGCGGGUCGUGACGUCGGACGGGCAGAGCAUGGCCGCGCACUCCUACGUUCUUGCCUCGGCGUCGCCGGUGCUGGAGCGGAUGAUCGACAGGGCGCAGGGCGGGUGGGGCGCCGAGUGCACCAUCCGCGUCCUCGGCGUGUCCUACGACGCCGUCCACGCCUUCAUCCACUUCCUCUACUCCCCCAAGUGCAAGGUGGUGCCCGCGGAGGAGGAGGCGGUGGGCGCGAACUGGGCGCAGGUGCUGGCGCUGGCGCACGCGUACCGGGUGGGGUGGCUGAAGCGGGCGGCGGAGGCGGCCGUGUCGGCGCGCCUCACGCCGGAGCGCGCCGUGGACAUGCUGAAGCUGGCGAGGCUCUGCGACGCGCCGCGGCUGUACACGUGGUGCGCGCGCCUCGCGGCCGAGGAGUUCGCCGCCGUGGAGCAGUCCGACGGGUGGCGCUUCGCGCGGCGCCACGACGCGGCGCUCGAGCUGGAGCUCCUCGCGCUCCUGGAGGACGCGGACCAGCGGAGGGGGCGGUGGGCGCGCGAGCGGGCCGCGCAGGAGGCGUGCCGGCAGCUCGGCGAGGCCAUGGCGUCCCUCGACCACAUCUUCCCCGGCGCCAAGGGCGCCUGCGCUGACGCGGACGCGCCGUGCGCGAGGGCGGGGUGCACGUGCCGGGGCCUGCGGCUGCUGAUGCAGCACUUCGCGACGUGCGCGAGGAAGAUGGCGCCCGGCGGGUGCGCGCGGUGCAAGCGCAUGCUGCAGCUGUUCCGGCUGCACGCCUCCGUCUGCGUCCGGCCGGACCGGGCCUGCCGUGUGCCGCUCUGCAGCCAUUUCAAGGCCAAGGCGCAGACGGGGAAGGCGGACAAGACGUGGAGGCUUCUGGUGAAGAAGGUGACGAGGGCCAAGGCGAUGUCCUCCUUGGCCGAGAGGAAGGUGGUGCCGGCGGUCGUGGCCGAGUCGUGGGCGAGGUACAACCGUAGGGCGGCCAAGUUGAGAUGAGAGGAGUCAUUUCUCUUGUCUUUGUGGUCGUGUGGCUUAACCCUCGUCGUAGCAACGAGGUGUGGUGAGCUCAAAGUUGGUUGUAUCUAGUGUCAUCUACUAGUUGUAGCUACUGAUGGUUUGCUUAGCACAUGUCACUUAUUA